AUGCGCCUUGAUGCACCUAAGCCGGUGAAGGGUACCAGGGAGUGUCUCAAGGCUCUCAAGGCAGACGAUGAAGAGACCUACAUGAAGCUCAUUGAUUCCGCCAAGGAUACCCGUAUCACCCACCUGCUUAGACAAACGGAUGCAUAUCUCGACUCUCUUGCUCAGGCUGCCACCAUUGGGCGGAAAGGGUGCCCGGCGCGCACGGCUGCAGAUGUUGUUCAAACGGACCAAUACCCGAUCAUCGGAUACCUGCAACACGGGCGGCACUGUAUGGCGGCCACCCCCUAUCCCCGUUCUCACAACGUUCGAUCGUCACAUUCCCAAAUGGCAUAA